AUAUUCUUCCAUUCCAUUGACAGCCCUAAUUACUUUUCUCUCUGUUCAUAGAAAAAGGAGUAAACUUUCUUCAUCAUUUUCCAAAAUGGUUUAUCAAGAAGUUGAAUGGCCUUCAUUUGUAGCCAAAAUUACUCCUGAUUCCACUCAUCAACUCAAAAUUCCUAGAAAUUUCUUUAACGGGAUGGCAGUAUCAGCUGAAACCAUUCUCAGAAGAAACUCCCGCCGGUCCGGUAGAUGUUGGAUUGUGAAAAUGGUUACAUCCGAAGAAGGUGAUCUGAUGUUCAAAGAAGGUUGGAAUGAAUUCGUCGAAGAUUACCCUCUGGAAUUUGGUGAUUACUUUUAUUUUAAAUACCAUGGGAAUUCCAAAUUUGGGUUUACAGUAUUUGGAACCGAUGGGUGCGAAAAGGAGAUGGGUACAUUCAAUGGAAACGAAAACGAUGAUUCAGAUUGAGUUUUGUUGAAUAUAGUCCCUCUGUCUGUAUUCUUAGUAUUAGUAUAACACAGUUCUGCUGAUUCUGAACUGGAAUUCAACACUGAUCUGAUUAUUAUGUUCUUCUUUGAAUCAUUCUAAUUAAUCACAUUUGCAAUUUUAAUACUGGUUGUCUCUUCAAACUUGUCUUUCUUCGUCAAAUUACAAAAACCAGAGAAUUUGGAGGCUGUAACCCCAAAUUUGAUAGGACAUUAUAGUCCUAGGGUAGGGGUCUCAUGU